GUUUCAUACAUAAGUAUGGAAAACUCCAUACAAAAAAUGGGCUGAUAGUUAAUUCAAAACUAUCAAAUUGCAAGAGUGAUGUUGCUUAUAUGAAUUUUUGCAUUACCACCAAACUCAUGGUUGAUCGAAAUGCUUAUCAUAAAAAUGCUCUGAUUAUCAUGGAUGAACACGAAUUUUUUGGAGAGCCUUCUGGACAUGGUCUAUUGAAGUUUUGGAAUCUUGAUACAUUUGAAGUAAUUAAUGUUAGUGCAAUUUGUAUAAGUGUUGGAUUUCUCAAAAUGCCAAACAAUGAGAAUUAUAUCAUCGAUCGAGAAAACCAGAUUAGAUUCUGA